UUAUAUAUAUUAUAUAUACUAUUAUAUCUAUAUAAUAUAUGUAUUUAUAUCUAUAAAUAUAUGUAUAAAUAUAUCUAUUUAAAAAAAUAAAGUUGACCUUCAUAUAUCGCCAAUAAUAUCGCGUGUGUAAAAAGAAACUAAUUACAUUUAAUUCUUUUUUUAUAUUUAUUUAUUUUUUAUUAUUAUUUUUUUUACAGCUAGUUACAUUUAAUUAUUACAUUUACAUACAUUUAACUAUUAUUACAUACAUUUACAUACAUUUAAUUAUUAUUUUUUUCAUAAUUAUAUCUCGUUUGAAAUAUUUUUCGACAUAAUUAAUUGUUUCAAAAGCACAUAUUCCAGCCUUCUAAAUGAUUUAUUUUGCGUAUUAUACGAAUUAUUCCAUCUAUAAAUAAAUUGUUCUCUAUACACACAAACACGCACACAGUCUGUUAAUUACACGAGUUAAUUGUAUCAUUUUUCUCGAUAAGUUGACAGAGCAAGGAAAAUGAGCGACGAACCUACCUACAAACUAAUCUGCUUCAAUGCCCGUGGUAGUGCCGAACAUAUACGGUACAUAUUUGCAUACAUUGGCAUCGAGUAUACCGACGAGAGGAUCCCCGAAGAACUCUGGCCUGAAUACAAGGAUUCAAUGCCUUAUAAAAAGCUGCCUGUGCUGGAGGUAGACGGGAAACCGGUAGCGCAGGGUAACGCUGUGGCGCCUUACUUGGCGAGGAAGUACGAUCUAACGGGAAAUUGCAAAGGGGAUGCGCUGAUAUGCGAAGUGCUCGUCGAUACUCUUGAAGAUUUGGAGCAAGGUGAGUAACUGAUGAGAUGACUUUGCAUUUGUGUCACCACAGAGACAGACGUUCAAGAAUUCAUUGUGAAAAGACGAGUACAAACAAGAUACGUAUGUCUUUCCGUUAAGCGAAUGUUACAGUUUGUUUGCAAAAGUCAGUUUUUAGAUUAUAGAAUCGUAGAUAGAAUUUAGAGGAUAGAAACUUUUAGUAGUCACUUUUAGUUUAGUAAAGUCUUAUCGACAAUAAGCAGACUACGUUAUGAUACAACGA